AGCGCCGGCGGCACCGGAGCUCCCUCCGCGCCCGGCCCCGCUCCCUGCCCGCACCGGCGCUUCCUGGUUGCCCCGGAGAGCCGCGGGAGCCGCGGAGGGCGCGGCCGCCUUUGUGUGGGCCGGCCGGAGCCCCCUGAGCCGCCGUUGCCGCCGCAGGAGCCAUGGGCCGGGGGCCGCCGCGCUAGCAGCAUCCCGGGGCCGGCGGGGACGCGGCGCUGGACAUGGAGCCGGCGGCGCGGGCCAGCGGCGAUAUCCUGAGGCGGAACCCGCAGCAGGACUACGAGCUGAUCCAGCGGGUGGGGAGCGGCACCUACGGCGACGUGUACAAGGCUAGAAAUCUUCAUACAGGAGAACUGGCUGCUGUAAAAAUAAUCAAGUUAGAGCCUGGGGAUGACUUCUCACUGAUACAGCAGGAGAUAUAUAUGGUUAAAGAAUGCAAACAUUGCAACAUAGUCGCCUAUUUUGGGAGUUAUCUCAGCCGUGAGAAGCUGUGGAUAUGCAUGGAAUACUGUGGUGGGGGAUCCCUCCAGGACAUUUACCAUGUAACAGGACCUCUGUCAGAGUUGCAAAUUGCUUAUGUGUGCAGAGAAACUCUACAGGGUCUUGCUUAUUUACACAUGAAGGGCAAAAUGCACAGAGAUAUAAAGGGUGCAAACAUUCUACUAACAGACCAUGGAGAUGUUAAAUUGGCUGACUUUGGGGUAGCAGCAAAAAUAACAGCCACUAUUGCAAAGAGGAAAUCCUUUAUUGGCACCCCUUACUGGAUGGCCCCCGAGGUGGCGGCGGUGGAGAAGAACGGGGGGUACAACCAGCUGUGCGACAUCUGGGCCGUGGGCAUCACUGCCAUCGAGCUGGCAGAGCUGCAGCCACCCAUGUUCGACCUGCACCCCAUGAGGGCUUUGUUUUUAAUGUCAAAAAGUAAUUUUCAACCGCCAAAGCUAAAGGAAAAAGCAAAAUGGUCAGCAACAUUCCAUAAUUUUGUCAAGAUAGCACUUACAAAAAAUCCAAAGAAGAGACCAACAGCAGACAGACUUCUCUCUCACAGCUUUGUAGGACAGCCUGGUCUCUCCAGGUCUUUAGCAGUUGAGCUGUUGGACAAAGUCAACAACCCCGAGAACCACACCCACUAUGGGGAAGUUGACGAUGACGAUUUUGAGCCGCACUCCGUGGUCCGUCACACCAUCCGCUCCACCAACAGGAACGUCCGCGCAGAGAGAACAGCCUCAGAGAUCAACUUUGAUAAGCUGCAGUUUGAGCCCCCCCUACGGAAAGAAACAGAAGCUCGGGAUGAAAUGGUUGUGGCAGCUGGCAGUGACUUUGCUUCACAUUGGAAUCCUUUUGUUGAUGGGAGCAACAAAUCGACACUAAAGCGAGCUGGGCCGCCCCCACUGCCUCCCAAGCCGAGGAUGAACAAUUACCCUGAGGAAAACCUCCCAGAUGACAACAGAUGCCAGACAAUAAAACACUUCCCAGACCCCCAGAGCAGAGCCCCAGCAGCCCAUAGGAGACAGAGCAUCCCAGUUUGUGGGCCCCAGGCAGAUUCCUGCCCCAUGGGGAUGACCAGCAGCAUCAGCAGCCCUGGAUUGCUCACAGCCAGAUACAGCGACCUGGGCAAUGGGAAUGGGAUGCUGAAACACAUCGAGGAGAACGCAGAAGGACCUGGACAAAUCCCUCAGCUGCCACGGAAAAAGGAGAAGAGAGAUUUCCCUAAACCAGCAAUCAAUGGUUUGCCUCCGACUCCGAAGGUGCUGAUGGGAGCCUGUUUUUCCAAAGUCUUUGAUGGUUGUCCUUUGAAGAUUAAUUGUGCAACUUCAUGGAUACAUCCAGAUACUAAAGACCAGUACAUCAUCUUUGGCACAGAAGAAGGGAUCUACACUCUGAAUUUGAAUGAACUCCAUGAAGCAACCAUGGAACAGUUGUUUCCUCGAAAGUGCACCUGGCUGUACGUUAUCAACAACACCUUAAUGUCCCUGUCAGAAGGGAAAACAUUCCAGCUCUACUCCCAUAAUUUAAUAGCAUUGUUUGAACAAGCCAAAAAAACAGGAUUAGCUGCUCAUAUUCAAACCCACAGAUUUCCUGACAAAAUAUUACCAAGGAAAUUUGCCUUAACAACCAAGAUCCCUGACACAAAAGGAUGCCACAAAUGCUGUAUAGUACGAAAUCCAUACACAGGCCACAAGUACCUGUGUGGUGCAUUGCAGUCUGGAAUUGUUCUGCUCCAGUGGUAUGAGCCAAUGCAGAAAUUCAUGUUAAUAAAGCACUUUGACUUCCCCCUGCCCAGCCCUCUGAACGUGUUUGAGAUGCUGGUGAUCCCAGAGCAGGAGUAUCCCAUGGUGUGUGUGGCCAUCUCCAAGGGCACAGAGCCAAACCAGGUGGUGCAGUUUGAGACAAUCAACCUGAACUCUGCGUCCUCAUGGUUCACAGAGAUCGGGGCAGGCAAUCAGCAGUUGGAUGCCAUUCAUGUGACACAGCUGGAGAGAGACACUGUCCUGGUCUGCCUGGACAAAUUUGUGAAAAUAGUGAAUUUACAAGGGAAAUUGAAGUCAAGCAAGAAAUUGGCUUCUGAGCUGAGCUUUGAUUUCUGCAUUGAGUCAGUGGUGUGCCUUCAGGACAGCGUGCUGGCCUUCUGGAAACAUGGCAUGCAGGGCAAGAGCUUCAAGUCAGAUGAAGUGACCCAGGAGAUAUCUGAUGAAACCAGGGUUUUCCGCCUGCUGGGCUCAGACAGAGUGGUUGUGCUGGAGAGCAGGCCCACAGAAAACCCCACAGCUCACAGCAACCUCUACAUCCUGGCUGGACACGAGAACAGUUACUGAGACUCACCCAGCAGAGAGCAGAGGGAACUGGCCACGCUGGGACCCAGGAGCGCCAGGAAACCAAGACUUGCCCUUUCUUGUCUUGACACCGGAAUUGUGUUGGUUUUUAGGGUGGGAAUCAAUCCAUUUUUGCAGCUGGGAACAGCUGGUUCUGUCUCUUGCCACUGUGUGGUUGGUUAUAUCGAGUUUGCUUAAUAAAAGCUGAGAUAAAGAGCCCUUUACUCAUUAGUUCUAGGGAAACAGAGCCUUGAAACAUGUUCUGCAGUAAAGGUGCCAUAAACUGUUAAAUAUUUCCCUUCCCUUGGAUUUUCCUUUUAUUCUGUAGAUACAGAUCUAGUGCUGGCUGUUGCCCUGUUUUAUACUGAGUCUUAUUCUUAAUAAAACAAAGAUUUGUGUAGGAAGUGAAAGUAUCUGCAAAGCUUUUUGGUUUUAAAUCUGCCAUUGGGUAUGGCUUUGUAUAAUAGACUAUUUAAUCCUUAUUUAUUAAUCUGCUGCUAGGAUGGGGUAAUGUCUAACUUUUAGCAAAGGAAGGUUGCAGAGCAGCUUACUUUUUUUUUUUUUUUACAGUUGUAAUAAAGAUUUGGUUAUUCUUUUUCCUUGUAGGGAUGUAGUGCAUUACUGAGGGGUGUGUUACCGUGUUGGGUGAUCAUGUAAAAAAAAAUGCAGUUUUGUACAACAAAAUAUUUUGUACUGAUUUUUCUGCCUGCAGAAUUGCCAUAAAAGGGAUUUUCUUACUUCCUAGACAUAGGGUGUACACAAAGUAGAAUAUUGAUAUCAGACUUGUUGCUCCUGGGUGGCUCUGUACAAUAUCCAUGUGUGUGUGUGUGUGUGCAUGUGUGUGAAGUUGCC